AUGGGGAGUUCCGGAUAUCUAGCAUAUGGUCAGUCCACCAGCUAUGUCAAUACGUUUUUCAUUAUCGUCCUGUUUUAUUGCUUGUUUGUACGACUUGUUUCGAUGAAUGCACAUGCGAUUGCAAUUACAACAACUGCCAAUGAUGAAUCGGCCACUCGAGCAGCAGCAGCGACGACACCAGCAACGCUGGCAACGCAUCUCAGCCAUGACGACUUUGAUAUGAGUUACGAGGGAUGCGGGAUCGGUUAUGGAUACUGUCUUGGGUUGGAGGUUCGGCUACAGCACGGUUCUGGGGAUCUUUUGUUGUGCUGGCCCGAGUCAUGUCCGUCGACCUCCGUUGCUGUCUCGAGUGGUCGUCCUCCGUAG